AUGGUUGCGAGCGAUGCAAACUACGCAGAAUCAAAUGCGAUGAAGCCGGCCCUCCAUGCGGCCACUGCGCUGCCCGAAAGGCCGAUUGACCAGUCAACAAGAUCAGAUGAAGGUAGAACAGGCCUGCCGUGGGUAUCCGAGGCAUCGCGAAGUACAUUGCCUAUCGUACCGGCGGGCCGCAUGAGAGAGCUCCAGUUGAUGCACGUCUGGUCCUUCAAAACCUGCCACAGCUUUUCCUGCAACCUUGGCGAGGUCUUCCGAUCCUUCGUGGUGGAGCAGGCUUUCCAUCAUCCAUUUCUCAUGGACUCACUGCUGGCACUCACGUCACUACACAUAGCCUCUGGAACCAUCGGCAGUAACAACAACGAUGCGAAUGAUAAUCAUGCCCCCCUAAGCUCGGCCACUGUCUCGGAAUACAUCAACGACGCACUUCGUUACCAGAAUAGCGCCGUCCCGGCUUUUUGUACCGCACUAGAAAACAUCUCAGCAUCGAACUGCCAUGCGCUUUUCGCAUGCUCGGUCAUCAUGAUGGCUUGCGCUGUUGUGGCUCCAUUCGUUGGAAGCAGUCGCGGAAACAUGGUAGAAAACCUAACUUCUCCAUUUCAUUUUGUCAAGGGAAUACAUUCCGUCAUUGAUAAAUCUCGGCUAUGGCUGGCCAAAGGGCCCUUUCGAUUUGCAAUUUUAGCUCAUUCCGAUGAUGAGUGGGAGUCACCCCUGCAAGAAACCGAGGUCAUUCACAAGUUGCGAAAGCUUUGUUCUCAUGUAAAUCCGGCUAUACGGAACAUCCUUAGCCGUGCUAUCACACUCCUGGGGAGUUGCUUUGUAAAAGAUGAAACAAUGGCGAUUCCAUGGAUCAUGGUUGUUGGGCUGGACUUCGUGGAUCUCAUACAACAAGAGGAGCCCAUGGCCUUACUGGUGUAUAUGUAUUGGGGUGUUUUGCUUAGCGGGUUGAAGGAUAUAUGGUGGGCAACGCUCUCAGGAAGGAGGAUUGUAGGGGAUUUGGCAAGGGAGCUCGCACGGAUCAAUGAGUGGACCGAAGCUAUACAAUGGGCAACGGAGCAGGUAGGCAUAAAAAUUGUUAUCUAA